UGAUCCUUGGAUUUAUAUCUCUGCUGAUGACAUUUUGUCAGAACUACAUUGCUGCCAUUUGUGUUUCUAAGGUUCUUACAAAAGAUUUCUUGCCUUGCAAGAAACAACCUGACGGUAAAGCACCACUUGAUGAUGAAGGAGACGAGGAAGAUACCCGUCGCAAGCUCUUAUGGUAUGAUCAAAGACGUUUAGCAGGAGACGACCCACCAAAACCAUGCAAGCCCGGAUAUGAGGCGCUUAUAACUGUUACCGGAUUGCAUCAACUCCACAUAUUCAUUUUCUUCUUGGCAGUCUUUCAUGUUAUUUAUAGUGCCCUCACUAUGAUUGUUGGCAGAGCAAAGAUACGCGAAUGGAAAGUUUGGGAAAAAGAUAUCUUGCAGCAACAAGCAAGUGCACAUGAUCCUUCUAAGUUUCGGCUUACAAAAGAAACAUCUUUUGUUAAAGGUCAUGCUACUAAAUUGACUGGAUUACCAAUAUUCUUCUACAUUAUUUGCUUCUUUCGGCAAUUCUUUACUUCUGUUGGUAGAUCGGAUUACUUUACCAUGCGCCAUGGCUUUAUCUCUGUUCAUUUAGCGCCAGGCAGUCAAUUCAACUUUCAAAAAUACAUCAAAAGGUCACUGGAAGAUGAUUUUAAAGUAAUUGUGGGAAUCAGCCCGCUCUUAUGGUCGACUGCGGUCCUUUAUCUGUUUGCUAAUGUUGAAGGAACUCACGCUAUGAUUUGGCUAUCUCUAUUUCCUGUUGUCAUAAUAUUAGCAGUUGGAACAAAGCUUCAAGCAAUUAUAGCACAAAUGGCUAUUGAAAUUCAAGAAAGGCAUGCAGUUGUACAAGGAAUACCCCUUGUGCAAGUAACAGAUAAACAUUUUUGGUUUCUGGACCCCUCACUAAUUCUUUAUCUUAUUCAGCUCACGCUCUUCAUGAACUCAUUUGAGAUAACACACUUCUUCUGGAUAUGGUAUGAGUUUGGACUUGACUCUUGCUUUCAUGAAAAACCCUUUCUUCAAUAUGGUAGAGUUAUAAUUGGAAUUGUUGUUCAAAUAUUAUGCGCCUACAGCAUCCUUCCACUCUAUGCUCUUAUUUCACAGAUGGGAUCUAAGAUGAAGAGGUCUAUAUUUGAUGACCAAACUUCAAAAGCUCUUAAGCAUUGGCACAAAAAUGCAUCAAAAAGGAGAGAAUCGAAGGGGCGAUCUGGUCAUCUUCCUACUAAGAGUUUGAAACUAAACUCUCCAUCAGGAAAUGCUCAAGCGCAUGGCACUCCACCAACUAGCGAUUCGCCUACUCAAUCCGCUCAAGUAACCGCCAGUGUAGACAUUCCGCAAGACAAAGACAAAGACAAAGACAAAGAAAAGUCGACCACCUCGACCCCUAAUCUCCUUUGAUCUAUAGCUUACAUUGAAUCUGUUGUUAAAUAUGAAUCUAAUACUAGAAUAUGAUGCAAGAUGUUAACAUCCAACAAUGGUGUUAAUAUUUAUGAUUAUUGUUUAAAAGAGGUACAUUGCUAAAAAUGCUUACCCAAAACAUGGUUCUAUUGUUAUAUGGUACAUAUUUUGGUUUUGUUCUUCA